AUGGUUUGGCUACUGGGCUCAAUGGAAAAAACUGUUCGGGAACAAGUUGAAAGUUUUCAAACUGCUGCUGAAGUCUGGACAAGCAUUGAAAAACAGUUUUCUGGUAAAUCAAACAAAAUACAGGUUAGCAGAAUAUUGCAUGAGAUGUGGCACUUUAGGCAAGAUCAAAAAUCAGUUACAGAAUAUGCAGGGGAACUCAAGAAACUUUAUAGAGAUCUGGAGUUCUUCCGGCCAUUCAAGCCACAUGAUCCUAGAGAUUUGUCUCUCCUCAGAGAAUGGUUUGAACCAUUGUUGGUGCAGGUUUUUUUGGAAGGCCUGAAUCCCGAGUUUAAACUUCGCUCUCAGAUGAUACAAGCAUCUCCUGACUGGCCUACCUUGGAUCAAACUAUUGCUAGUAUCCUUGAAGAAGAAACUCGUUUGGCUAACCAGGAAGCAACGCCACAGAUGCAUGGUGAUAAUCGUGCUGCACUUACUCACGCACAAACCUCUGUUACUUCUAGGAGUGAUCAAGCAAAUACUACUAAGUUUGACUACAGAAGGAGAAACAAAGUUGUGUGUGAUCAUUGUAAGAUGUCUGGCCAUGUGAAGAAGAAUUGUUUCGAGUUGGUUGGUUAUCCUCCGGGAUGGAAGCAAAGACAAACAAGCAGGUUCAACAGCAGCGGUAACAACUUUGAGAAGAAGCAGGACCGAGCUCAUCUUACAUCAUCGACAACAGAGUUACCUGCAACCGCUGCUCAUGCACUAGAAGAGUUCAAGGCAAAGUUGAUGGCCGUUGCUACCGAAGGAUCUAGUGAAGCUGUCGGCUCUCGGGCUACAGAAGGAUUUGAAGUCAGGAAGAAUUCUUGAGACUGGAACUGAAUAUGACGGCCUCUACUACCUCGACAACGCAUCGACUUCACUUGCACUUAGUGUGAAAUGUGUCUCCGCUACAGAUGAGUUGUUAUUACUACAUUAUAGACUUGGGCACCUAUCGUUUUAGUCACUAGGCCGCAUGUUUCCCUCACUUUUGGCCUCCUGUUGCAAAGAGCAACUCGUAUGUGAUGUAUGUGAACUAGCAAAACAUACGAGAACUAAUUAUCCUAGCAACAGUGAGAGGAGUAAUGUACCUUUUGAAGUAGUUCAUUCAGAUGUUUGGGGGCCAGCAGUUGUAACCUCUCUAUCAGGAGAACGGUGGUAUGUAAC